AUGAUAGCGAUUGUCCUCUGUUUUAGACAGUGCACUGGAGUGACGCAAAUAUCAGAGUGUAGCAGAGAGCAACUUGUUGACACGAAUCAGCUGUCAUUGAAUAUUCAAUCCAUUCUCCCUCAGCUGAAGAGCCUGCAGAACAAUCAGGAGAUCAGAAUUAAGUCCUUGCAGAAGUCAUACAGAGAACAUGAGCAAAUCGUGAUAGAACAAAUGCGUCAAAUGAUCAACUCAAUGCUUGGCAAAAGUGAGAAGGAACAUGAGCAAGAAGAACUGAGUCUGAAAAUACAUUUAGUUGUAGCAGAUUUCGAGAAAAGUGCUUUGAAAGAAAUUACAAAUGAAGUUACAUUCGUAAAGGAUUCAAUUGCAAGAUCUAUCACCAAAUGCACCAGGCUUCAGAAUGACUUGUCUCAACUCCAUGACUCAAUUCAGAAAAUUGGGGAUAAUAAGGAGCUCUGCUUUAUAGCCUGCAUGAAAUGUGAACAAAAAUUACAGCAGGCUUUGACAGAUUUGGGAAAGGCAGGCAAUGUUUUCACUGUCAAGGGGAAGUCUGCACACACAGUGAAAAUAUCAAACGAUUCACACCUAUGCACUAUUACAGCUUGCUGUGCUCUCCAAGACGGACGGGUUCUAGUUCUAGACGAAAGUAAUAAGAAAGUAAAGCUCGUAGACCAGCAGUACCAGGUGGUGAGUCAAUGCGAUGUGACUGCUUAUCCUCUAGACAUGUGCUUGACAACAUCCAAUGAGGUUGCAGUGGCUGUGGACAAUAUAAUUGACACACAUGAGAUCCAGUUUAUCGAAGUCAAUCAGCACCAGCUUCAGACAGGGAGGAAACUUCAGUUUCAACAUAAAUGUAUAUGUGUUGCCCACAACCAAGGAGACUUGUUUAUCUGUUCUUAUACCGCAUUGUACAAGUACUCACUGGGUGGAAAACUGGUCAGCAGACUCUUUGUGGAUCCAUCAGGGUGCGCGGUAAGUCCCAUAGGGGACAAGCUAUACAUCGUCGACCAUUUUAAGCACAAGCUCCUCACCCUGGCCAGCGAUGGAACAGUCCUGGCUACCUUAACAGACCCAGGACUACGAGGCCCAAGUUGUGUUCAUGUCACCCCUGCAGGCCAGGUGCUCGUAUGUGGACAUAAGUCCCGUACUAUAGUGCAGGUGGACAGUAAAAAUAGCAGGAAGCUGAUCACUCUUGCUACAGCGAUGGAUGACGUUUGGAAUCCAUUCUCAGUCUGCUACAGCAGCACCUCAUCCUCAUUCAUUGUUGGACAGUGGAGGAAUAACACGAUCCUGGUAAUUAAAGUGGAAUAG